GAACAACAAGAGUUAAAUCCAUUGUAUUGUCGAUUCACUGUGGCUUAAUUAAACGUUAACAGAUUGUUAAUGUUGGUUGAAUUUGAUUAAUGGUGUGACACUAAAUAACUGUUGAACAAUUAAUUUAAAGAAAAAUCCGGUGAUUGGUUUAUGGAGACAAUUAAUUGGUUUAACCAAAAAAACCUUAACAGUUAUUAAGAUAACCUCUAGAUGGAACAACUGUAGUUGGCGAAGUUCUGGUUGCUUUGGGUCACGUGAUACAGCUUCUCAUCUUCUGUCUGAGACUUGACUUGAAAAAUGAACACACUGAAUUGUUAGUGAUGUUUAUUAUUUUUAUUGAAACUCUGAUGGUUGUUUAUGCUGCACGCGCCAAUGGAUUACCUAGACUGUGCCUGUUUUACAGGACGCACAAGCAUUCCAAUUAGGUGUAUUGUUGAAAGGGUUAGUUCAAAUGGUAAUGCAACCCCACCAUCAUCACCAACAUCCAAUGUAACACCAAAUAUAUCCUCACCAACAACAACAGUCCCAUCGUUAUCUUUAUCAACAACAACUUCAACCACAACAACAACAACACAACCAACAGUAACAACAUUGGUUCCAGCAACAUCGCCAAAUGCAACAUCAGGAUCCCAAUUAACUGUAACAAGCGAAACACCAACCCAAACAAAUCAACCAAAUGAAACCCAUACAUUGGAAGCAAAUGGUUCCUCUGCGUUAAAUCCCUCAACCAACCUUCCAGAGUCAUCUUUAACCGAUUCACCACAAACUCUACCAUCGGUAUUACAAUCAACCUCCCCGUUGUCAAGUAAAAUAUCAACAUGUUCAAAGCUUCAAAUAUCGACAGAUAAUUUAAUUCCACCAUCGACAACAACCUCACCAACCUUACUGUCUAACCAAACAUCUAUUGGUGAUAAAAGCUCAGGUGAAGGAGGCUUCAGUCUACUAGGGAGUGAAAGUAUUGAUACAAAAGCAGUUUGUUCCACUACCACUACUAAUACCACUGUAACCAGUCCCGGUAAUGCUGUUAAUAAUUGUAAUAAUAUCGAUGAAGAUGAUGAUUUAGACGUUAAUCCUGCCAAUCCAAAUGAUAAUAAAAAUAUUGAAACUAUUAGUACUAACCAAAACAGUGGAAGUAGUGUCAAUAUUACCGAUAAUGUUUCAACAAAUGGUGAUACUAGUGUUAACCUUUCAUUAGGAGACAAAUUAAUCAAUGGUAAAAAUAACGAAUCCAAUUGUAAUAGCAAUCAACGGCAUUUAACAAACAGUUCACCCUCGCUUGAUUUAAGUACCAAUAACAAUAACAAUAGUAAUAACUCGUCUGUUGGUUGUAAUAAUACCAACAACGGAGGUGGCCAUUGUCAAGCAAUUAAUGUAUCAUUGUCUCAACAAUUAUCACCGUCAUCAGCCCUUCGCAGUCUUUUUGGACUAAACCAUUAUCCUUUCCAAGCCAACCAUCUUAAUCACAAUUUGUCUCACCUUCAACACCAUAAUCAUAAUCAUCACACUCACCAUCUUUUAACCUCACACCUUGACCAUUCCUCUUCAAUCAAUUCAAAUCAACAAUCAGGAGAUUCUGGUAAUCAUUCCUCGACAUCUUCACCAACUUUUCCAGCUUCAAUAUCUCCAUCAGGUGUUGUUGAACAAGAUUCAUUUGCAAUAAUAACUUCCGGACUAUUAUUCUCGAAUCUAGUGAAAACCGCUCUUCUUCACCUAGGAUAUCCAGAGUCGGAAAUUUCCGGGGCCAAAGGGUUUAUUCAAUUGAGAAACUGGAAACCAUUAACACUGGACCAGAUAACUGAUUCUGUGGAUGCCACUGUUGGCGACAUUAUGGGUGAUAUUAGUUCAAUUGCAAGUCUUCGAAUCAUUUUACACAGGCCACGAACAAGUGGACCCAAUGAAAUCGAAGAUAAAUUACUUCAAGUAUUACUGGCCCAGUCUUAUAGUUUACUAGCCAAUUCAGGAAACCCGGUUGAUCAGACUUUAUUGGCAGCUUUAAUGGGACGCAAUAAUAGAUUGGAAGCUGAGCUUAACGAUGAAACUCGAGGUAAAUUUGAUCAAUGGUAUAUGCAGCAAGUGUUUAAUCAAUAUCGUCAAAUGGCAACUCUGGCUGCAGCUCAAGCUCACCAUCAACAAGCGGCCGCUGCUGCUGCAGCCGUCAUGGCAGCUACAAAUCAACAGCAAAAACAAGCAGCCGCAGCAGCACUUGCAGCAGUGGUUAAUGCUGCUGCUGCCUCGGCUGGUUCAACAGCCUCUGGAAAUGGAUCUGUAGAUGGGUCAGGAGUCAAUGAAACAUUGACUCGCAAUCGUGGGGCAGCAGCGGCAGCAGCAGCCGCUGCGGCGGCCGUUGCUGCAGCAGCCAAUUGUCAAUCAUUGUUGAACCUUGACAUGGAUGCAGCUUCCUUGGCUUCCAAUGCAAGUGCUUCAUCUCAUUCCAAUCAUUUAAAAGAUAAUCAUCAUCACCAUUCCUCUAAACAUCAUUCACAUGAUCACCAUCAUCACACCAGGGGACCAUCGUCAUCCUCAUCUAGCCAUCUUCUUUCAACUGGACGGUCAUCUGAGUCAAAUUCAGGUGUCACUGGAGGUUCAAGUGGUGCGGGUGCAAGAUUGGAUAGUUCAGCUUCUUCCGUCAUCUCAUCUUCUGGUACAACCAACUUAAACAGCUCCAAUUCAACUGCUGCCAACAAUGGUAAUAGCAAUUCCAAUAUCAAUAGAAGCUCACCGAAUGCGCCUGGACAAUAUGUUCGAACUCGAAUAAGAACUUCAUUUGAUCCAGAAAUGGAGCUUCCAAAGUUGCAUAAAUGGUUUAGUGAGAAUCAGCAUCCAUCGCGAGCUCAAAUUCAGCAAUAUGUUAAAGAACUAAAUUCAUUAGAAUCAAGGCGAGGCCGUAAACCUUUGGACGUGAAUAAUGUCGUCUAUUGGUUUAAAAAUGCUCGAGCAGCGCAUAAAAGGCACGAAUUGAAACUCGUAAAUGGCUCACAGAGUCCAACCUUAAGCAAUAACAACACAACCAAUGUGAAUAACAAUAGCAACAAUUUAAUCAACUCUAGCAAUCUAUCAAAUCUCCAUUGUCGUGAUCCUUAUGAGGCUCGUAUCAACCUUGGCUCAGGCAGAUCAGGCCGAGGUUUAGGUUUAAUGCCUGGUCUGAUGAGUGAUCGUCUCAGUGGACUAAGUGGUCUAACCAGUGGCAAUGGUGGCAAUGGAACCAGUGGGAAUGAACCUUAUGCGGACAGCAACGGAAAUGAAGAUCUACUGAUGGGCCAAAUGUAUGAUGAUGAUGGCUCCGAGGCAGGUCAAGAUGAUUACGAGGGCGAUGACAUGAUGAUGGACGACGAUUGUUCCCAAAUAUCACAAACCCUUGAUCUUUCGGUUCGACCCAUGAAACGUCAACGGUCCGAUUCAUCGCCUCCCGGCUCUCCAAUCUCGGGUCCUUCCUCUUUGUCUGAUUUAAUUCGAGGAACACCGCCUCACACCUUAGCCUCGGCCUCAUCGUGUCACUCCAAUUUUAACGUGAAAGAUGAACCAGCCUCGGACGAGGAAGAUGAAGAGGAUUAUGAUGAUAUGGAUGAGAGAGACUAUUAUCCGGUUGUAACCUCUAGACAUGGGCUGAGUUUAACGAGUGGUAAUCAUGGAGGAAUCUCAAGUCGUUCAGGUGAUGUCCACAAUCUAAGUGGAGUCACAUCAAAUUACCUCGGCAUUGGAUCAGAAUCAAUCAAUGGCAUGAUUAGUGAAACUGGUGGACGACACAAUCAUCACUCUACAUCUUCCCAUGAUCGACAUCACCAUCAUUCAUCUUCUUCUUCCAAUUUAAACAAUGGUGCUUCAAGUGGAUCCCAUGGUCAACCCGAUUCUCCUGAAGAAGGUCGAAGGAUUAGACGGUCUCGCACCUUUAUCGAUCCAACCACCGAAGUACCCAAAUUGGAACAAUGGUUUUCCCUUUGUACCCAUCCAAACCAUCCUCAGAUUGUUUCAUACACGGAUGAACUAAACAGUUCACCUUAUAGACUGAAAUAUCCCAAACUGGAGCCCAAAAAUAUCCAAUUUUGGUUCAAGAAUAGACGAGCCAAGUCUAAAAGGCAAAAUUUACCCAUUUCUAGUUCAAACACAUCGCCCUUGACAACUAGUGUACAAUCUGGUUCAACAUCAACCAACACCAACAAUAAUCAACUUUCAUCUUCAUCUUCAUCAUCAUCAACCAGUGGUCCAGUCACCACAACGACAACCUCAUCAUCACCUUCAAUUGCAUCCAAUUGCAGUGUCUCUUCAUUGUCCCUUUCAACCUCAACUGGACCAGUAUCAACAUCUGUAUCAUCUUCAGCACUAACCAUUGACCGAUUGAUUGGCCAUUGAUCAUAAUCAACUUUUACCAUUGCAUUGUUUUUUUAUUAACUAAUUGUUGUUGACCAAAGUUUUCACCUUUUUUCCUUUCUUUUUCUUUCCAAUCAAUUUAUCAAUUGGAAUCAACUUUUUUGUUUCUCAAAAAUCAAUUCCAAUCUUUACCUUUUUAUCUUUACAUGAUAAUCAAUUGAUUCUAAACAUGUUUCAAACAUGAUGAUAAUCAUUACCAAUCAUCAUGACUAUCAUGCAAAGUAUCAGCUUUUUUCCAGUUUUUUUGUUUUCUCUUUUUCAUAACAUAAUGCCAAAAAAAUUGCUUAUCAAUGAUCAAUCAACAAGCCAUCAAUGUUUGGUGUUAACCAGUAAAAUCAAUGCAAACAAUUUGACACAAUUGUUAUCAACUGUUAACCAAGAAGGUCCUAAAUCAUUUUACGAUUGAAAUGAACAGACAAAAAAUGAAAUUAAAGAAACUGGACAAAUGUCUUCCCCAAUAUUUCAUUUCUUGUACUUUAUGGUCAAUCGUGAAAAGUGGACAAUGAAAUCGACAUUAAAGAGGAUGAAAUGAAGAAGCAAAACCAAUCCACCGAAACAAGUAUAAAGACGGUCAAAGCCCACCAAAUUUGAAAGCUACAAUCAAAUGGAUUGUCAAUCUCAAGCAAAGCAAAGCCUCAUUUGAAAGCCUAUUUACAAGCAAAGACUUAUCAAUCAACUAAACAUGAUUAAACCUCAUCAUUGAUCCUCAUCGCUGGACCUCAUCAUGACCAUCACCUCACGAACCACCAAAAAAAAUUAAACCAUUAAAAGACAAAGACUUUGAUAGACACCGAAUAAAUUUCAACCUUUCAACUUAUAUCAAUUUAUUGUAAAUCAUCUUAAAAGAUGAUAACUUUCUCUUCUUUUAUCAUCUCACCUUGUUUCAAACAUCCAUUUGUCCAUUGAUCGUAUAUUUGACUAAAAGAAGCUCUCUAUUAUAUCUAAUUAUCUUUGAAUUGUUAUAAUCAAGUGCGAACUCAUAGCAAUCAGACAAAACAAAAAACCUGUGCUUUCUCAUAAUUUAUCCACACACUCUCUCUCUCUCACAAGCUCUCUCUCAUUUGUUUCUUAUUAACAAAUUGUUAUCAAAUUGUAAUGCUAACUGAUUUUAAAUAAUCAAACCUUGAAAUAUGUUAAUCUUUAACCCCUUCUGUAAACCAUAAUCCAACAUUUGAAGCAACAUCACCUACCAACGUACAUGAUAACAGCAAGAUCAAGACAAGCAACAAUAUGCACAUUUACAUGUAAACAAACACACACACACACAAAACACAAAACACACAUCACAAUUAAACAACAAUCCAUCAACUUGUUGAUGAUAACAAAAUGGAAACCAUCCUAAGGCUAUCAACAAUCAACAUUCAUUCCCAUUUAAUCAUUCCCGACUUGAACCUCCCAACAAAUGUAUUGUAAUAUUUCUUCAAAAUCUUCUUCUUCUUCUUCUUUCUAUCAAUAAUCCUGAAAAAAUGUUCCCAAAAAAUUGACCAACACCAUCAAUUUGACCUCCUUAUAAAUAUAUGCAUAUUACUAGUCUAGGAAAGAGAAACUAUCUCUGAUGUCAAUCAAAGACGGUUGAUUUUUUGUUUCGUAUUGUUAAUUAUUUUGUUUCAUUGUCCUUUUUCAACCCUUUCCUUUCCUCUUCACUUUUCCCGAUCAAGAAACACACAUCAAUGGACUUACAACGGAUUAUUGAUAAAACCAAUGAUUGAUCAACUUGUCCUGAUUUUACCACUUGAACGGACCUACAACUUGUUUUUUAAUCAUCCAAAUCUAUCUGUAAAAUCAAUUGAUUCAUUUACUUUCUCCUUAUAUUUUUUGCUUCUCGUUCCUUCAUAUUUAUCACAAUUUGUAUUUUCCUUUUUUUCUUCUUCCUCCUCCUCCUCCUCCUUAAUUGCCUUUACUAAUCUGUGUUAAUCUCUUCUCAUUAUCAUCUUCCUCCUCCUCAUCAUCAUCCAAACUUUUCACUUGCGUUCUAUGAUGAUUAUAAAAAAAUGAAAUAACUUUCCCUUCAAGAAAAAAA